AUUUGGCAUUGCAUUGAGUAAAAGUCAAUUAUUGUCUUGUUUUCGUGUGUAUUUGUGAAAUGGUGAAGAAUAUUUAAUGUGUGUUUCUCAGGUAUAUAAAAUCAGAUAAAAAUGGAUGAAGUAGCUAAAUUAGAACAUCUUUCGCUUGUAUCAAAAGUGUGUACUGAGCUGGACAAUCAUUUAGGAUUGAAUGACAAAGACUUGGCUGAGUUCAUUAUAGACAUAGCUGAUAAAAACACAGCAUUUGACAGUUUCAAGAAAGCACUGAUUGAAAAUGGAGCUGAAUUCUCAGAUUCAUUUAUGACAAACUUACUGCGAAUCAUACAGCAUAUGAAACCUGUAAACAAUGCUUCACAAAAAUGUGCUGUACCUCAGGAAAAUGCAAACCCAUUGGCUAAUAAGUUUCCAGGACUUGCAAUACCAAAUGAGAAGCCUCCGAAAUUCUCAUCUGAUGAAGAAAGUGAAGAAGAAGAAGAAGAUAAAAAGGACAAAAGACUGACUGCAAAAGAUAUAUUUGUAGAAGAGUCUAAAACUAAGACAAAUGAUGCAGUGGUUGAUCAAGCAAUGGCUGAGUUAGAGGCUUUGGCACCUUCACAAUCAACUUCUGUAAAGGAACCAUUAAAAAAAGAAAAUAUUAAAGAGGAAGUUAAAAAACGGGAAAGGAGUCGCAGCAGAGAUAGGAGAGACAGCAGUAGAAAAAGAGAGAGAUCAAGAGAAAGAGAUAGGGAUAGAAAAAGUCGGCGAAGUAGGAGUAGAGACAAAAGAAGCCGCAGUAGAGACCGUAGGAGCAGAAGUCAGGAUAGAGAUAGAAGGAGAAGAUCUAGGAGCCGACCCACUUCUAGCAGACACAGAUCCAGGGAAAGGCAAAGAAGAUCCAAAUCUCGAGGAAGGGCAUCCCCAUCUAGAGGUAGAAAUUCUCCAUCAAGAGGUAGAAGAUCACCAUCUAGGGAAAGAGAUAACAAAUACAAUGAUUAUGGCAAGAAAUCAAGGAAGAGGAGUCCAGAGGUUGAAAUGAGUGAUGACCCUGAACCUGGGAAAAUUUACAAUGGUAGAGUUGCAAACAUCGUGCCUUUUGGUUGUUUUGUACAAAUUGAAGGUGUAAGGAAGAGGUGGGAAGGUCUCGUUCACAUCUCUCAGCUGCGAUCAGAAGGGCGCGUCACCAACGUAUCUGAUGUCGUCAAUAGAGGAGAUAAAGUCAAGGUGAAAGUGCUUUCAGUAACUGGACAGAAGGUUUCUCUCACUAUGAAGGAUGUGUGUCAAGACACCGGAAAAGAUCUGAACCCGGCAUCUCAUGCUCAUUUAGAGGCUGAACGUGAAGGUCGUAACCCUGACCGUCCUCCUCCGAAUGCCACCGUGUUGGCGGGCCUGCAGGGCGGGCUCGAUCCUGACGAGGACUCCAGCAGAAAGAGAGUGACUAGGAUCUCCAGUCCUGAAAGAUGGGAGAUCAAACAGAUGAUAUCAUCAGGGGUCAUAGAUAAGAGUGAGUUGCCAGACUUCGAUGAGGAGACAGGUCUAUUGCCCAAAGACGAGGAUGGUGAAGCCGAUAUCGAAAUAGAACUUGUGGAAGAAGAGCCACCGUUCUUGCAAGGACAUGGCCGCGCACUGCACGACCUGUCCCCGGUCAGGAUUGUAAAGAAUCCUGAUGGGUCCCUAGCCCAAGCUGCCAUGAUGCAGUCAGCUCUUUCAAAAGAGAGAAGAGAACAGAAGAUGUUACAAAGGGAACAAGAGAUGGAAAGUCUCCCCAUGGGCCUUAACAAGAACUGGAUAGAUCCUCUCCCAGAAAGCGAUGGCAGAACUCUAGCUGCGAACAUGAGGGGAACUGGCAUAACUCCUCAAGACCUGCCUGAAUGGAAGAAGCAUGUGAUUGGUGGCAAGAAGUCGUCAUUUGGAAAGAAAACUAAUUUGUCGCUUUUGGAGCAGAGACAGUCGCUGCCCAUUUAUAAAUUGAGAGAUGAAUUGACUAAGGCCGUAGCUGACAAUCAGAUCUUGAUCGUAAUUGGAGAGACAGGGUCAGGUAAGACGACGCAGAUCACGCAGUACCUGGCGGAGUGCGGUCUCACAGCGCGGGGUAAGAUAGCCUGCACCCAGCCCAGGAGAGUGGCCGCCAUGUCCGUCGCCAAGCGAGUCGCCGAGGAGUUCGGAUGCCGGCUCGGUCAGGAAGUUGGAUACACCAUCCGUUUCGAAGAUUGUACCAGCCCUGAGACUGUUAUCAAAUACAUGACGGACGGUAUGUUACUGCGUGAGUGUCUCAUGGACCUCGACUUGAAGACAUACUCAGUAAUCAUGUUGGACGAGGCUCACGAGCGUACCAUCCAUACAGACGUUCUCUUCGGUCUUCUCAAGCAGGCGGUCCAGAAAAGACCAGAGCUUAAACUGAUUGUCACGUCCGCUACAUUAGACGCCGUCAAAUUCUCACAGUAUUUCUUCGAAGCUCCCAUUUUUACCAUCCCUGGUCGUACCUUCCCAGUAGAAGUUUUGUACACCAAGGAACCAGAAACUGAUUAUCUGGAUGCAUCCUUGAUUACUGUUAUGCAAAUUCAUUUAAGGGAACCUCCAGGAGAUAUAUUGCUCUUCUUGACCGGUCAAGAAGAAAUUGACACUGCUUGUGAGAUCCUGUAUGAGAGAAUGAAGUCCCUUGGCCCUGAUGUGCCAGAACUCAUCAUUCUACCAGUAUAUUCUGCGCUGCCCUCUGAAAUGCAAACACGUAUUUUCGAACCAGCACCUCCCGGCUCCAGGAAAGUCGUCAUAGCUACCAACAUUGCGGAAACUUCGUUGACUAUCGACGGAAUUUACUAUGUUGUUGACCCGGGAUUUGUGAAGCAAAAAGUUUAUAAUUCCAAGACCGGUAUGGACUCCUUGGUGGUUACGCCAAUUUCGCAGGCUGCGGCAAAGCAAAGAGCGGGUCGCGCCGGGCGUACAGGCCCGGGCAAGUGUUACCGGCUGUACACCGAGCGCGCCUACAGGGACGAGAUGUUGCCCACACCCGUACCCGAGAUACAACGCACCAAUCUUGCUACUACUGUGCUGCAACUGAAGACGAUGGGUAUCAACGACCUGCUCCACUUCGACUUCAUGGACGCUCCGCCCGUCGAGUCGCUCAUCAUGGCGCUAGAACAACUCCACUCCUUGUCUGCGCUCGAUUCUGAAGGAUUACUCACUAGACUUGGUCGACGGAUGGCGGAAUUUCCUCUCGAGCCCAAUCUAUCAAAAAUCCUAAUCAUGUCAGUAGCACUGCAGUGUUCGGACGAGAUUCUAACAAUAGUAUCGAUGCUGAGCGUGCAGAAUGUGUUCUACCGUCCUAAAGACAAGCAAGCGUUGGCUGACCAGAAGAAGGCGAAGUUCAACCAGCCUGAGGGCGACCACCUCACCCUGCUGGCGGUCUACAACAGUUGGAGGAACAACAAGUUCUCUAACGCGUGGUGCUACGAGAACUUCGUUCAGAUACGUACGCUGAAACGGGCGCAGGACGUCCGGAAACAAUUACUCGGCAUUAUGGAUAGGCACAAGCUAGAUGUGGUGUCUGCGGGUAAAAACACAGUUCGUAUCCAGAAGACGAUUUGUUCCGGUUUCUUCAGGAACGCGGCCAAGAAGGACCCACAGGAAGGCUACAGAACCCUCGUGGACAGCCAAGUAGUCUACAUACAUCCUUCUAGCGCGCUCUUUAAUAGACAACCGGAAUGGGUAAUCUACCACGAGCUCGUACAGACGACAAAGGAGUACAUGCGAGAGGUCACCACUAUCGAUCCAAAAUGGCUUGUGGAGUUCGCGCCAGCAUUCUUCAAGUUCUCCGACCCAACCAAACUGUCCAAGUUCAAGAAGAACCAGAGACUGGAACCUCUUUACAACAAAUACGAAGAGCCGAACGCUUGGAGAAUAUCCAGGGUCCGCAGGAGAAGAAACUAAACUGCCAAUUUUAUCAUUUACUGCUGUACUAAAUAAAUUAAUAA